UCGAAACCUUUUUUGUUCCAAACCUGAGCCGGGUAGGACGAGGUUGAUUCAGCACGCUUUAGCACCGAGACCAAGCGAGUCAAAUCCGACACGAUGGCUUUACCUAGGGUCUUCUUCGACAUGGCAAUUGACGGCCAGGUCAUCGGCAGAGUUAUUAUGGAGCUCCGGUCUGAUGUUGUACCGAAGACUGCUGAAAAUUUCCGUGCUCUGUGCACUGGGGAGAAGGGUUUUGGCUACAAGGGCUCCUGCUUCCACAGAGUGAUCCCUGACUUCAUGUGCCAGGGCGGCGACUUCACCAACCACAACGGGACCGGCGGCAAGUCCAUCUACGGGAACAAGUUCCAGGAUGAGAACUUCAGCCUGAAGCACACUGGCCCCGGGAUCCUGUCCAUGGCCAACGCAGGACCUAACACCAACGGCUCCCAGUUCUUCGUCUGCACCGCCAAGACCGCCUGGCUGGAUGGGAAGCAUGUGGUGUUCGGUCAGGUUGUGGAGGGGAUGGAUAUCAUCAAGAAGGUUGAAGGCUACGGCUCUUCCAGUGGCAAGACCUCUCGCAAGGUCACCGUGGCGGACUGCGGCCAGCUCUGAGACCCCUGACCCAACCUCCCCCUCCCCUCCCCCACUGUGCGGGACCACCCACAAUUCCAGCACGCAGCACAGCCACGUCGUUCACUGCGGGUUUCUUUUAAGAUAUCCCCCCCCCCCCUCCAGUCUUCAUGUUUUUGUUUUUUUUUUCUAUUCAGUUAGGUGAUGUUGCUGCGUUCUACCAGGAGUCGUCAUUAUUAUUUUGUUUUUUAUUUUUUUUUCCAUGAAUACUCGACGGGCUUCUUUGGGUCGGACUCCAGAUUGUGUAUAAAAGAAACAAACAACUUACAUGGAAAAGAAUUAAAGAUCAGAUGACAAACCGAA